CCCCCCCCCCACCCCCCCGAGCAGCAGCCGCAUCGAUGGCCCCCAAGGCGGAGAAGAAGCCGGCGGCGAAGAAGCCCGCGGAGGAGGAGCCCGCGGCGGAGAAGGCGGAGAAGGCCCCGGCGGGGAAGAAGCCCAAGGCCGAGAAGCGGCUCCCCGCGGGCAAGUCCGCCGGCAAGGAGGGCGGCGAGGGCAAGAAGGGGAAGAAGAAGGCGAAGAAGUCGGUGGAGACCUACAAGAUCUACAUCUUCAAGGUGCUGAAGCAGGUGCACCCCGACAUCGGCAUCUCCUCCAAGGCCAUGUCCAUCAUGAACUCGUUCAUCAACGACAUCUUCGAGAAGCUCGCCGGCGAGGCCGCCAAGCUCGCGCGCUACAACAAGAAGCCCACCAUCACCUCCCGCGAGAUCCAGACCUCGGUGCGCCUCGUCCUCCCCGGCGAGCUCGCAAAGCACGCCGUCUCCGAGGGCACCAAGGCCGUCACCAAGUUCACCUCGUCGUAGAUGCUAGGCUUCCUUCCGCUCUGCUCGUGUGAAAGUGCUCCUCGUUGUAGUGAUGCUAGGGUGCUGGAUUUGGCUGGUAGGAUGGUGUAGUUAGGUGCUGGUGGUUCCUGAUAAUGUUUUUUCCUGUACGAAGUGAAUCAGUUAAUGUUAUCUGAUGCAAUAUUAAUGGUGCUUGUGUAACUCGUUU